AAGAUGGUUUAUUAGUGACUAUCAAGAGAAAUGCCAGUUCCAUUUGAAGCGUUGGUGCCAGUUGGACUUAUCACUGUUAUGUUCGGUGUAGUCAGUGUUGGUAUGAACUCAAUGAAAUUCGCUAGAAAUGAUUGGAAACCAACGAGAUACAACGUCGACCAAUUUGAACAGGUUAUGAUGAAAAGAGAUGAGAGAUUGACGGGUAGCAAUAGAGGACAGAGGACUGAUCCAAUAGCACCGCCGGAAUUUGCUACAAACUCAGUUUGGCAGACAGAGGCAGUUAUUUAAAAUAAUAUUAAUUAUACAUCUUCUUCUGG